AUGACCGUAUCCUACAAUUUAGACGUUGUCGAGACAUCGUUUAUUGGAUUCCUCAAACUUCAGCUGAGAUGGCGAGGCAGCAUCUGGAAAUCGGUGAUGCGCGAAUUGAUCCUCUUCUCGGCUGCUUUCGCUUUUAUCACCCUUGUUUACCGAUCGAAUUAUGUGAUUACACCAGAGACACGAAUGAUAUGGGAUAACUUUGCUGCCUUAUUCGAUAUGAAGCUUGACUACAUUCCGCUCACUUUCAUGCUCGGAUUUUUUGUGACAAUUAUUGUUGGCCGAUGGAACGAAAUAUUUAACAACAUUGGAUGGAUUGACAAUGCGGCACUCGUGAUGUCAACUUAUCUUCGUGGUAGCGAUCAACCAUCUCGGAUGUUAAGAAGAAACGUUGUCAAGUACAUGGUUCUUACACAGGUUCUCGUCUUUCGUGAUAUCAGCAUGCAAGUGCGAAAACGAUUCCCAACACUUGAAACAGUCGUUGCCGCCGGAUUGAUGACCGAGGCGGAAAAGCAAAAAUACGACGAAGUCAACUUCAGAUACAACAAGCAUUUUAUGCCGAUACAAUGGGCUUACGCAAUUCUUUUUGAGGCUCGACAAGGAGGGAAACUUUCUGCCGAUAUUAUGCUCAACGAGAUUAUAAAACAUAUUACUGAGUUUCGAACGGGUCUAGCUCGCCUUUUAAACUUCGAUUGGGUGCCAAUUCCACUUGUUUAUCCUCAGGUCGUCUUCCUUGCUGUUCGCUCGUAUUUUGUGCUUUGCUUGAUCGCCCGACAAAGUGUGCUGAUCGAUGGAGAAGUGCCGAAGGAUGGAAAUCAAUUUUAUCCGCUUGUUCCAUUCUUCAUGACCGCAUUGCAGUUUGUCUUCUUUGUCGGAUGGAUGAAGGUUGCCGAAUCGCUAAUGAACCCUCUGGGUGAAGAUGAUGACGACUUUGAGUGUAACUUUUUGAUCGAUCGUAACUUAGCUAUGGGAAUGGUGAUCGUUGAUGAGACUUACAACAGCCCUCCACCGCAAGAAAAGGAUGCUUUCUGGCUUGCGAAUGUUGAUCCUCUUUAUUCUGAAGAGACUGCAAACAAGCCAAAGAACCCGUUAAUUGGAUCCGUUGCACAAGUCGAGCCAAAGACGGAUGAAGUGGUUAUGAUGCCACAUUUGGAUUCGGAAGAUCAUCAGGCAGCUGACAACUCAUUUGAUUACGGAGAUGGGCAGAAAUUGUUACCGCGUGGAAUAUCGGUAGUUUCGGUGAACAGAGUUUCCGACUCAAAAACAUCUCUCAACACUCGACAGAAAGGUUUCCUAGAAACUGUGAGGAAUCGAUUCACUCGCGACUCAAGCCGUCUUAGUCGACCGAAUCGACUUGUGAUGUCACGAACGUCUUUGAACACCCCAGAUGGGCUUCAUCCACCAAAUAACUACCCGGGCUCAACAUGUACAAGUGCGAUUGAUAUCGUUGAUGAGCUGGCGGCAAUAAGUGAAAGGAGAAACACUGACAAUCUCAGUCCCGAAGAUUUUUCCCCAAAAUCACCGACCCGAAGAUCGCCGAUCGGUGACACCGACACAAUGAUGCCAUCAGUUCCCGAAGAAGACGAAGAACAUCAAAGGACCAGAACAUCAGUGGAUUUGGCAAAAUGGAAACGAAUGCAAGACGAAAUGCUAAAGGAUCAAAACGAUAAAGACAAG